UACAGUCGCGAGGACAGCGCGUGUUAGAGUUUUAUUUUAUUUUAUUCUAUGGACUAUGUGAAUGAAUCAGCUACAGCAGAAGGACCGGCGGACUCACGAGUCAUUAGAAUUAUUGUACUUCACACCGGGAGCGGAAAUCGGAAUAAUGCACGCAGAGCUGCUGCAGCUGCCGCACCGUGCAAAAGUUUCCACCAAGUGCACACGGACUCGUACAUAGAGACUCUGCACGGAGAGAAUGAUUGAAGGAUCGGCCCCUCAGAGGUCAACUCAGCAGUUCUGCUAAUGGUUGACGACGCAAAUUCUCUGGCGGAGCAGGCAGUUGACGGAGACGCCGUGACUUUGUCGGCCAGCAUGCAGCGCGGCGGCUCGGAGUCGUGUCUGGAGCUCGAGUGUGACGGGCCCGCUCGAGAAGGAACGCGAUGUCGACUGGGCCUGGACAGUUUGCAGCAGAAGAUGCUGAAAGUGACCGAGCAGCUGCGCAUCGAGCAGGCGCUGCGGGACGAGAACGUGGCCGAGUACCUGAAGCUCAUCGACACCGCCGACAAGCAGCAAAGCAGCCGCAUCAAGCACGUGUUCGAGAAGAAGAACCAGAAAUCUGCACAAACCAUCGCUCAGCUGCAGCGCAAACUGGAGCAAUACCACCGCAAGGUGAAGGAGAGCGACACCGCUGCCGCCUCCGUUAACGGCACCAAGCAGGCGCAAACGCACGCCAAAGACGCCAGGGAGGUCUCCAAGGACAACCUGAAGGACUGUGCCAAGGAAGCAGGGCCCCGGCUGAGUGGGCGACACCCACACCUAGACAAAGUAAAGACUAUUGGACCGGGAGUUUCGCUCUCACCUCCGUUCUUCUUUAACAAGUCACGUGGCUUUGCCAGUCUCAUCCGAAAUAAGUUUGGCAGCGCAGACAACAUCGCGCACCUCAAGAACUCCAUGGAGACCGGAGGAGGUCUUCGAGUCGAAGGUGCUAGUCGGGCACUGAGCGGCAGCGCCACUAUAACGAGCAAACCCAAGUACCCGAGCGACGAUGAGUGCUCGACGGGGACCUCGGCGUCAGCGGAGAGCAGCGGGCACGGAGGGCAGGGUGAGGCGGGUCAGGGCGAGAACGUGAGCAGACUGAGUGACACUCUAGAGGAGGUGAGGGAGCUCAGAGAUGCACACGGUCACCUUAGCGAGGACAUGGAGAGCCUGAGAGGUCAAGCGAAACGCAACUAUGGCUUCAUCUCACAAAUGCUGCAGGAAGAACGAUACAGAUGUGAGCGAUUGGAGGAUCAGCUGAAUGAUCUGACUGAACUGCACCAGAAUGAGACGGCCAAUCUAAAGCAGGAGCUGGCCAGCAUUGAGGAGAAAGUAGCCUAUCAGGCCUAUGAGCGAGCCCGGGACAUGCAGGAGGCGCUGGAGGCGUGUCAGACGAGACUCAGCAAGCUGGAGUUGCAGCAGCAGCAGCAGCAGUUGGUGCAGCUGGAGAGCACCGAUGCUAAAGUGCUGCUGGGAAAGUGCAUCAACAUCAUGCUGGCCUUCGCCACAGUGAUCCUGGUGUGCGUCUCCACCGCGGCCAAGUUCACCGCGCCGUUGCUGCGCAGUCGUCUGCACGUGCUCGCCACCUUCUUGUGCCUGUGCGUGCUGGCGCUCGGCUGGAGCCACUGGGAACACGUGCAGUGUGCGGUGCAGAGGAUGCUGCUGCCCAGCUGA